AUGUGGUCUUUGUGGCGCUCUUGGUAUCUGGUUCUGUGGGUAUGUGCGUGUGCUCUCGCGCAACGUAUAGACCAGGAACCUAUCCUGUCCCCUCGCCCUGGAAGAGUCCGGGAUCGGGAUAUCAAACAGGAUGAACCCACGUGUGAUCAACUGAAAGCCAUGUGGCGGUUCUCUAAACGACAAGCCAGAGCUCCCGAACUGAUAAACGAACCGCUGUCUUACCGUGACCCGCUCAUGUACAACGAGUGGCCCGUGUACACUGCUAUGCCGCGUGCUGCUCCGAGGUUCCGAUACCAGUACCCGUCUAUCCCUCGAGAAGCGUACGGACGGGUGAUCACUAAAGCUCCACCCAAUGUGGUUCGCACACCAGACUAUGGAGAGAUGUUCGGGAUGUUGAAUGUGCCACAUACAUCUGGCAAAAUGCUGCGAUACCCGGGACCGUCCCGGCCUCGCGGUGGACCGCAGUUCAUGGUCCCUCCUCAAAGGGAUAGGUUCGAAGCAUUGAAAAAAUUGAUCCGGCAAGAGCACGUUCGCGAGUUGCAGCGGAAAUAUGAGACGGAACAAAAACAAGAGCUUAAAGAAAUCGCAGCUGGACGCGGAGGGGAAGAUUAUGUGUAUGGCACGUAUGGAGAGCAAGAACCACACGGCCUCCAGCCCCUGGAGUACACUGAUGAGCCCAGUGCAAGACAUGGAAAGAAACCACAAGGCGGUAGUCGUCAAGUGUCCCAGUUCUCACGCUACUCCGACGUGAUGCUCCCGCCGGUGCGCCGCAACUUCUACCACCCAUACUUCGAGUACGCUCUACCUGAAUACGUGCCCUACGCUUAC